UGCUGCAGUUUGAAGUCGACACUAACAGAGUUGAAGAUGGACGACUGAAGUUCAGCGGGACAGAAAAGAAAAACAGAUUCAACAGCCGACUGAACAAAAGGAGAAGAAAUGAGAUUUAAAUAAAGCUUGUGGACAUCGUUACACUCAGCUCUUCUCUUCAUCUUCCUCCUCCUCCUCCUCAUCAUCAUCAUGCCUGCCAUCCACCCAUCACUAAAUUCAUCUCAUCCCUUCAUCACCCCCCUGCCAGUGACCGACUCCCCCUACACUAACUCCACCGUCAACCCAGCCGCCGCCGCCGCUGCCCACUUCGUCAACGACAUUCUCGACAAGAUCCCCUUGCCUCGAUGGGCGAUCUACCUCAUCUUUGUGGCCGGCGCUCUGCUGAUUCUGCUCUGCUGUUUGUGUAUCUGCAUCAAGUGCUGCUGCAAAGGGAAGAAGAAGAAGCAGAAGAAGAACAAUGAGAAUAUCAAUCUGAAAGGAGCGAACGGAAAAACCACCACAGCCCUGGUUCAGCCAGAUGUGACAGAUGUGGACUACGGUUCGGCCAAGAAGCAGAGAGGAAAGCUGCUGUACUCUCUGGACUACAACACCGCUCAGUCUGAGCUCACAGUCGGGAUCAAAAAAGCCGACGGCCUGAAGGCCAUGGACCUGGGAGGAAGCUCGGACCCGUACGUCAAAGUCUACACCUGCCCCGACAAAUCCAAAACCUUUGAGACCAAAGUGUUGAGAAACACGCUGAACCCCGUCUUCAACGAGCAAUUCAAAUUCCAGAUAUCCAAGUCUUCCCUCCUGAAGUCGACGGCGGUGAUGCAGGUUUACGACUUCAACAGAUUCUCCAAACACAACAUCAUCGGUGAGCUCAGGAUGCAGCUCGGCAACCACGACUGGAACCACGUCAUCGAGGAGUGGCAGGACCUCGCCGAGCCCGCCAAGUUUGAGGAGGAAAACCUGGGCGAGAUCUGCUUCUCUCUGCGUUACGUUCCCACCGCCGGCAAAUUGACCGUCGUGAUGCUGGAGGCCAAAAACCUGAAGAGCAUGGACGCCGCAGGAACCUCAGAUCCUUAUGUGAAGAUACAGCUGGCUCUGGACAAGAGAAAGUGGAAGAAGAAGAAGACGUCUGUUAAAAAGAGGACGCUGAACCCGUAUUACAACGAGUCCUUCACCUUCAACGUGUCCUUUGAACAAAUCCAGAGGGUGAACCUGGUGAUCUCCAUGUGGGACCACGACGCCGUGACCCGAAACGAUGCCAUGGGGAAGAUCUUCCUGGGCUGCGACGCUGCGGGGAACCAGCUGAGGCACUGGGCCGACAUGUUGUCCAACCCACGGCGGCCGGUCGCUCAGUGGCACAACCUGCUGACGGCCGAGCAGGUCAACUCCACCUUGACCCUGAAGAAGAAGUUGAUCCCCCUCCAAGACAAACUGCGGUUCUGAUGGGGGUCAGGAGAUUUAAAUACUGAUCAUCUCUGCUGCUCCUCUUAAAUCUAUCUAACUGAUUACUUUCUAUUUUACCUUUAAGAUUAACAAUUAUAUUUUAGUAUUCAAUUUAAUUUAUGAAUCACAUUUUAAUUACAAACUUGAGCACUUUCUGUAUGAAUUGUAUCAUACACAAUGAAUUUCAUCCCUCAAACUUAUGAUAAUAUUCUAAAGUUUGCUGUAAUAUGCAUUAAACAUAUCUCACGUCUAUGUGUUUAAGAUCAGGAUAUCUUCAAUCAAGUCAUAGAAACCUUUAUGGAAAGUUAUUCAUUCAAAGUGACGACUGUUUGUGUAGGAUUUGAAAAUUAUAUUCUUUUCUAGUCACAACUUAAAUAUUAAAAAAAAUUUUUUGCUGUUAAAUCAUUUCUAGCUUUGAGCCUCAAAAAAACAUUUUAUAAUCAAAUGAAAUCCCCUCUCUGUCUCUUCAAGUUCAAGAUUAUUUCUCAUUCCCACUGUAAAGGAAAUACUGUUAAAUAUAAAUGUCAUGUCUUCAGGAUUAGAGUGUAAAAACCAACAAAACACACAAAGCUGACAUCUGCAGGACAUUUUUAUCAGCUGCACACAGGAUGCCGGGUUAAAAAGAAAUAUCAGUGAUACUGAAACGCCCUCGUGUGGACAAAGGAAAGAGGUGGAUCAGUUUAACUCGUAGACAAUAAACAAAAACAACAAUAAAUAAUAUAAUAAAAUGUUAAAAAUCGAUCAAUAAAAGUCAAUAGAAUAGAAUGAAAUAAUGUAAAAAAAAAAAAAAAAAAAUGAUUAAAGCUUAAAAACUAAAACAUUACUCCAAUUUAACAAUCAGAUUAAAAAGAUCUUUAAUUUCCUUUUAAAAAUACAGAGCGAGCUCAUCAUUCUAAUAUCCAGAGGGAGUUUACUUGUUGGAAACAUGUGGUGGAGGAAGUAGUCUUUAGUAAAAGUACUAAUACCACACUAUAAAUACUCUGUUACAGUAAAAGUGUUCCUUCAGUAAAAAUAUGUCAAUAAAAUCAG